AUGCUUAUAGAUUCGUUGAAACAUCGAUUUAUGGAAGAUCCAUUAUGUACCGUAACCCCGUCAAUUUUUCAAACUUGCUCAAAUGAUAGCAUUUCGAAGAAUGGAACUUGUUUUGAGGAUUCGUGUUGCACUUCAGUUUUGGUUGGUUAUUUUUUGAAACGUAUAAAUUCCUGGAUUUUUUUGCAGACCGCCACUUCCUGGUAUUAUCGAUUGGCCCAAUUUUCUCACAUAUUUUUCAGUGCUCUCGGAAUUUUCGUAAUUCUGAUCUACCUAAAAUCCUACUCAAAAACCCUAAUUCUAAGCUUCAAUAUUCGUGUCUUCGUAAACUUUGUCAUUUUUCUAAUUAUAAUUCAUUCGAUCGAUAUGAUUGUUAUACAUGUGAGUUCUGGGUUUUUUCAAAAAUUUCUCCAAUUUUUUUCAGGUGUACCAUUUAUUCCAGUCCUUCCGAAUUCCUUUAACAAAUCCAUGUUUUGUUCGAGUUCGUGUCAGUUUCUGUGCUCCUUUUAGAAAUUUCUAUAGUUUUUCAUUACUCGCCUUGGCUGUCACUCAAUAUUCGAUAUAUAUUGAUCGAUUGAUUUGCAUUUUUUGGUCGAGUUAUUCGAAGUAUCAUAGAUGGGUUUUGGUGAUUCUUGUGGGGCAUAUUGUGAGUUUCACGUAAAAAUUUUGUUUUUUAAAUUCCCUGAUUAUUUUUUUCCAGAUUUUCAUCACAACCUAUGCGAUCAUCUGGAUCUUCCGUGAAGAAGAUUCCGACUCAUUUCUCCUAUCCUGUCUAAACAUCCCACUAGCCUCAAUGGAAGAUCUCGUCUCAGUCACCGCCUUUCUAUUUCCCGUUAAUAUUCUCUGUUUUUUCCUAUCCAUUCUAAUCUUCCGAAUUUUUCAAAAACGUCAAAAAGACAGUCGAUUCAAUAUGAAAGCGCAUUUCAAAGAUGUUAUCGAUGUUCAAUCUUCUGAAUUUUUAUAUCAUUUGACUGGAACGCAGGCGAUUUUUAUUGUGGUUUAUCCGGUUUUAUCGAUUACUAUGAGGGUUUUUUAUUAUGAUACACCGAGACCUUUGCAUUUAACGUUUGCCACACUUUCUUAUGUGAGUAAUUGCGGAGUGUCGUAGGGAUUUCGGACCAGAGAUUUUGCAGAUCUUCAGCAUCUACAGUUUUGUUGUCCCUCUUCAAUUAAUCAUCUACGCCUAUAAAUCGCAUAAAAUCAAAAAAGAUCGGAUUUUCAGUCAUGUCAAGAUGAAAUCUGUUGGGACUGAAGGAGCGGAUAAUUAUUUUAAUAGCUUAAGAAAUCAAUGGGGUUGA